AUGGUUGCACAUCCUUCCACAUGUUCGUUCUCAAUGCCAAGCACAUCUUUAGCUCCACAAAGGAAUUGGCCUACUCUUACAACUCCUUCCCUUCAAGAGGAUCUAUGUACUAAUGAAGAAUUAGAGGAUAUGCCUAUGGGUCCAAUGGUUGGUACUCGAGUACAUAUAAAUUCAUGUCAUCAUUCUCUUGGCAAGAUGGAUGUAUUAUGUCCUUUCUGUUCAGCAUUACAUUGGAUGGAUGAAAAAUUAGUAAAAUCAUCUCCAAACCGUCCUCUAUUCGGAACAUGUUGUUCAAAAGGGAAGGUUAAGCUUCCUCUUCUUAUUACACCCCUUUCACUUCUUCAAGCAUUAUAUGAUGGGAAUGAUGAUAAAUCAAAAUCGUUUCGACGUUAUACUCGAGUGUACAAUGCAACCAAUGCUUUUACAAGUCUUGGUGCUACAUUAGAUCCAAGAGUACUUACUGGAAGAGGCCCUACAUCAUUCACUAUCCAUGGGGAAUUGCGACAUCGAACAGGAUCACUGCUACCACAAUCAGGGCAAGAUGCAGCUUAUGCGCAAUUGUACAUAUAUGACCCUGAUUCAGCUUUAGAAGUUCGCAAUCGUAGAAAUCCUCAAUUAAGAAGAGAUGUUCUAAAAACUAUUCAAGAUAGUUUAUUACAGGUUAAUGCAUUCGUUGCUAAAUUUCGCCAGGCUCAUGCAAUUUUGAAUCAAUUAGCCUUGACAGGACGAAAUUUGCCUGCUCAUCUCCACUACAGUUCAUCGACAGAUCGACGACGGUAUAACCUACCAACUACAGAUGAGAUUGCAGUUGUAAUACCAGGUGAUGGAACCAAGGUUAGUGGAAUGAGAGAUGUUAUCUUACAUCUACAUGGAAAUAAUGAGCUAAUGCAAAUCAAUGAAUGUCACCCAGCAUAUUUGCCAUUACAUUAUGUUUUAUUAUUUCCACAUGAGUAUUCAACAAUUUUGAGAGCUGGAAAACUGUUCCAAGAGUUUUUGGUUGAUGCUUGGGCCACAACUGAACAAAAUAGGUUGACUUACUACAAACUUAAUCAAGGGAAGAUCUGUGCUGAACUUUACCAAGAUUUGACAGAUAUUGAUCCAAAUGACCUUCAACCCAAUCAAAUUGGUCAAAGGUUUGUUUUGCCAUCUUCAUUUGCUGGAGGUCCUAGACACAUGUUUGAAAUCUUUCAAGACUCAAUGGCUAUCACACGAUACAACCAACAUCCAGACAUUUUUCUCACCAUGACUGCAAAUCCUAAUUGGCCAGAAAUUACUUCGUUAAAGAGAAAGUGCUUGAUGAAGGAGAUAGAAACAAACCGAGUGUUUGGUAAUAAAAUUGCGCAUGUUUUUACAAUUGAAUUCCAAAAGCAAGGCCUUCCUCAUAUGCAUGCACUUCUAUUUCUUAAGGGUCCAGACAGAAUUCGAACAUGUGCUCAAGUAGACAAAUUGGUUUGUGCAGAAUUUCUAGAUCCAAAAGAUGAACCUAUGCUUUUUAAAACUAUCAAGUGUUGUAUGGUACAUGGACCAUGUAGUGCUCGAAAUCCACAAGCACCAUGUAUGGAAAAUGGUAAAUGCACUAAGAGAUACCCUCGAGCAUUCGCAGAAACAACUAUUAUGGAUCAAGAUGGAUAUCCUAUCUAUCGUCGUCGCAAUAAUGGUCAAGCUCAUAUUGUGAGAGGGAAAGAAGUUGAUAACAGAGACAUCGUACCAUACAAUGCAUAUCUUUCUAAACAUUUCAAUUGUCACAUAAAUGUGGAAGUUUGUGCCGGAAUGAGAUGUGUCAAGUAUAUACACAAGUACAUUUAUAAGGGUUAUGAUCGUACAACGAUGGUGUUGGGAUUGAUAAAUGAGAUCCAACAAUAUCUCGAUGCGAGGUAUAUUGGACCUCCAGAAGCUGCUUGGCGAAUAUUUGGUUAUCCAUUGCAUGCAGAGAUACCAACAGUUGUACGCUUAGCACUUCAUUUACCUGGAAUGCACCGCGUUCUUUUUAAUCCUGAUGAAUCAUUUGAAGCAAUUGUUUCUAGAGCUGGCCAACAAAUGUCAACUCUUACUGGUUUUUUUGCAUGUUGCGCUUCUACGGAAGAUGAAUGUCCAUUCACUUACCAAGAAUUUCCACAGCAUUUUGUUUGGCUUAAUUCAGAAAAGAGAUGGAAACCAAGGCAGCAGGGCUAUGCAAUCGGUAGAAUGUACUUUGCUAGCCCUAAUUGUGGAGAGAGAUUUUAUUUGCGUUUGCUAUUAACUGUUGUCAAAGGACCAAAAUCGUUUCAAUGUUUACGCACGGUCAACAAUGUUUUGCAUGAUACAUUUAAAUCAGCAUGUGUUGCAAGAGGACUUUUAGAAGAUGAUGAAGAAUGGAUACAAUGCCUUAAAGAGGCUGCAGUUAUGAAAACUGACUAUGGUCUAUAUCUUUUGAAUCAAAUGCUCCAAGAAUCGGGAAAAAGUUUAAUUGACUUCCCGCCAAUGCCACAACCUUCUACAAAUUGGAGUGCAGUAGUUGGUAACAGGUUGAUAUUCGAACAUCAACAACUGCAUAAUGAGGCACAGCAGACAGAUGCAGAAAUUAUUAUUGAUCACCUCAACAAUGAUCAACGAACAGCUUAUGAUGCAAUCACUUCCUUAGUCUUUGAAAAUAAAGGAACUAUUUUCUUUUUGAAUGGAGGUGCCGGAACAGGGAAAACGUUUUUGUACAAUGCAAUUGCAUUAAAGUGUCGCAGCCUUGGCCAUAUUGUUAUUACUGUGGCUUCAUCUGGAAUUGCAUCAUUGUUAUUGGUAGGAGGUCGUACAGCUCAUUCAACUUUUUCCAUUCCGUUGGAUGUAUUGGAAAAUUCAAUUUGUGGAUUUAGUAAGCAAUCAUUACAAGCAGAAUUGUUUAGAGAAACAAAACUUAUAAUCUGGGAUGAAGUUCCUAUGCAGCAUAGACAUUGUGUUGAGGCAGUUGAUCACACACUUCGGGACACUUGUGAUAGUGAAAAGCCAUUUGGGGGUAUCACUGUUGUUCUUGGUGGAGAUUUUCGACAAAUCUUACCAAUUAUAACCAAAGGAGUCCGUAAGCAAAUUAUUGGGACCAAUCCUCAGGAAAUUGUUAAACUUCCAUCAACAAUACACAAAUGCCAAGAUCUAAAAGACAUAAUCUCGGUAGUUUAUCCGCAAAUGGAUGUGGCAAUGACAUCGACUGUAACAUUUUUAACUGAAUGUACAAUUCUUUCUGCACGGAAUGAUGAUGUCAGUGCUAUCAAUACUGCAGCAUUGAAUAUUUUUCCCGGCAACACACAUACUUAUUUGGCAGCAGACAAGAUGUCUGAAGAUGAUGAAAUUGAUCUCAUGGAUAAAUCUCAAGGGCAAUCUGUGAAAUUUGUUGGAGUUGAUUUGCGCACACCAGUGUUUAGUCAUGGGCAAUUGUAUGUGGCCCUAUCUAGAUGCACAUCCUUUGAUCGUAUAAGUGUCCUCCUUCCCAAUGAUGAGCCAGAUUCUACUACAAACAUUGUUUAUCCUGAAAUUUUGUUGUAG